ACGUGUGCAGGGCUGAGAGCGAGCGAAUGAGAAACGGAGAGCGGGAGAGAGAGAGCGAAUGUGCGAGGGAGGGAAAGAGAGAGGGGAUAGGAGAUGUUAAAAGAGACAUGACAAAAUAUCCAAAAAGGAGACGCACGCCGUACCAUGCGCGCUAAAUUUGUGCCCGCUGGAAAUCGGGAUGUCGGAUCGACGGUGACGCGCAUCACCCCAUUUCACGGAGGAAACGAUUUCGCUGGAACUUUGGAACGGAGGGUCCGCGGGGAAACAUGGCCGAAGGAGGGCCGCGCAAAGGUGUCGGGUCACCGCAGAUUCCUGCUGGCUCGGGUUACUGCAAGUGGUUUAAUGUCCGCAUGGGUUUUGGCUUUAUAUCGAUGACCAGCAGCGAGGGGAAGCCAGUGGACCCUCCACUAGACGUGUUCGUUCACCAAAGUAAGCUGGUGAUGGAGGGCUUCAGGAGCUUAAAGGAGGGCGAGCAGGUUGAAUUCACCUUCAAGAGGUCGAGUAAAGGUCUGGAGUCGCUCAGGGUCACGGGGCCCGGCGGGGGCCCAUGCUCGGGCAGUGACCGACGCCCCAAAGGCAAGGCCCCGCCCCUCAAACGCAAACCAAAGGGAGACCGGUGUUACAACUGUGGAGGUCUGGACCACCACGCUAAAGAGUGUGGCCUUCCACCCCAGCCAAAGAAGUGUCACUACUGUCAGAGUGUCACACACAUGGUGGCCCAGUGUCCCCAUAAGAGGGCGCUGUCCCCCUCCACGUCUCAGGACCCCCAGCGCCCCUCCACCUCCGCUCAGUCCCAGGAAGAGGGGAGCCGGUCGGGCUCGUCGUCCUCUCCCGAAGAAGCAUCUCAAAGGGGGAGUCACUCCCGGCGCUGGAGGAAAAGCCGGGACUGAAAGCAACCCGAAAGGUUCCUCAUCCAGACGAAGCCCAGACCUGAAAUCAUCUACCUCACAUGGCUGGGUCACAGAGGAGACCCUCCCUCCCUCCCUUCCUUCCUUCCUUCCUUCCUUCCUUCCUUCCCGUGCAGCUAUGGUUUCAGCCGAUGGGGGUCAUGCGUGUACAUGCGUGUUCUCACUGAGAAAUCGCAACAAACUCUGCGACUGGUGUGUGUGUGUGUGUAUGCAAAUGAGCGAAUCACAUGGCAAAACAGAUUACACAAAAACAUGAAGCGGUGUUUUAAAAACUCAAGCAUGAAGUCAACAGAUGUUGCAGUUUGCUAGCCAUUUUAUCUCCAUAACAGUGAAAUGGGCUUUUGAUUGAGUAACAAUGUUUGCCGUGUGCUGCAUAAGUGACGUCAGUGAACUCGUUUCAGAGGAGAAGCAGGCUAUCAUGUUAUCUUUGAGAUAACAUACACAGUUAUCACGUUAAAGAAAUAGUUCACCUAAAAGUGAAAAUUUUAUGAAUAUGUACCAUCAGGCCAUUCAAUAUGUAGAUGAGUGUGUUUCUUCAUGGGAACAGAUUUGGAUAAAUUUAUCAUUACAUUAAUUUCUCACCAAUGGAUGCCCUGCAGUGAAUGGGUGCCAUCAGAAUGAGAGUCCAAACA